AUGACUUUGAUGGAGAAUAUUUCAGUGGUCACCGAAUUUAUUCUUGUGGGGUUAACAGAUGCCCCAGAGCUGCAGAUCCCUUUGUCUAUCAUCUUCACUCUCAUUUAUUUGAUCACACUGGUUGGGAACCUUGGGAUGAUCAUGCUGAUUCUGCUGGACUCCAGGCUUCACACCCCCAUGUAUUUUUUCCUCAGUAACCUCUCCCUGGUGGACUGUGUUUAUGCCUCAGCAAUCACUCCCAAGGUAAUGGAAGGGUUUCUCACAGGAAAUAAAGUCAUAUCCUACAAUGCGUGUGCUGCCCAGAUGUUCUUCUUUGUAGCCUUUGUUGCUGUUGAGAGUUUGCUUCUCGCCUCAAUGGCCUAUGACCGCCACGCGGCAGUGUGCAAACCCCUGCACUACACUACCAUCAUGACAAGUACCUCCUGCGUCCUAAUUGUCACCUGCUGCUACUUGUGUGGCAUCUUGCAAUCCUCUAUCCACGUUGCCCUGGCGUUUUGUCUGCACUUCUGCCGUUCCAAUGUGAUUAAUCACUUUUUCUGUGACAUUCCCCCACUGCUGAAUAUUUCUUGUUCUGACACCUACACCAAUGAGAUUACUCUCCUUAUCCUGGCUACGCUGGAUGUUGCUUUCACUCUUUUGGUUAUUCUGAACACUUACCUGCUUAUUUUCAUUGCUAUCCUGAGGAUGCGCUCAGCUGAGGCACAAAGGAAGGCCUUCUCUACCUGUGCAUCCCACCUCAUCACUGUAUUCGUCUUCUUUGGGUCUCUUAUCUUCAUGUACUUACAACCCAGCUCCAGUCACUCCAUGGACACUGACAAAAUUGCAUCUGUGUUUUACACCAUGGUCAUUCCCAUGCUGAACCCUGUGGUCUACAGCCUGAGGAACAAAGAAGUCAAAAAUGCAUUCAAGAAAGUUGUUGGAAAAGUAAAGUCUUCACUUCACUUAGUCAAUUAA